AUGUUAUAUUUUGCGAAGGGCGCGAUCAAGCAACAAGCAAUUGAAACAAGGGAGUCGUCGAGCCCAAGUUCCCGCGCCAUCGUUUCGUUGGAGGCGCUUUUGGGUUUCAUAAAAUAUACUUUCCCAAAGGCAGAGAAGGCAAAAGAGGACAUAAAAAGAACAGGGCUGGCUUCGUUUGACUACGUGUGGACAAUAUUUGAGCCUGGACAGAUCAUCUACGAGAAGCGGUGUGUGACAGACAGUUGGUUUUAUGAGCAAUGCCUGAAGGUGAAGAAAGUUGAGUACGAGUACAGCGAAUUUAACGAAACUUUUGGAAUCUCCUUAUUCGUUGAGGAGAUUGUCCAUCGGCAAACACCAAACGCGGGCUCUUAUCUAGUUACGAGUCGACGACGAAUCAGACCCUUCACCGGGUUGAAGCCACUACAAUCAGAGGAAAUUGGUUGUAUUCCGUUAGAGAUGAUCCAAGAGCCUGAACAAGAAAGCUUGCGGGCCAAGCUUAUUGGUCUUGGUCGUCGUUACAUACAUCUCAGCUCUCAUCAUCCCACGAUUUGGGAGUAUGAAGGCCCAGUUGCGCUCGGUGGCUUUUUGAGGAACAUGACAGAGGAGAGUUCACAACCACAAUUACAAGAUUAUUCUUGGAGGUAUUUGCAGGUACGCUCUUUUGCCUUGAGAGAGAAUGUCUCACCUUGA